AUUCGCGGAAAAGAGUCGGACUUCCUAUCGCUGGUUGUACGGGGACCGUGGAUCGGAGCGGAAGCUCAGAGUGUCGUCCUUCCUUCUGCCCGACUCUCAGGAUGAGGAUCGGUCGCAGUUUGUCUGUAUGUCUCUGAUCAUAUCACACCAGCAGCUCCUCUCCCACCGCCCGAAUGCAGAUUAAUAGGCAUGCCAAAGGAAAAAUAUGAUCCUCCAGACCCACGCAGAUUAUAUACCGUCAUGUCAGCAGAGGAACUGGCCAGUGGGAAGAAGUCACACUGGACCGAGUUGGAGAUUUCUGGGCGGGUCAGAAGUCUAAGCAGCUCACUAUGGACGCUGACCCAUCUGACUGCUCUCCACAUCAACAACAACAUCCUGAGCCGGAUUCCUCCUGAAAUCACAAAGCUGCCCCAUCUCGUCUACCUAAACCUGUCCUCCAACAAACUGCGCAGCCUGCCAGCAGAACUCGGCAACAUGGUGACUCUCAGGGAAUUGCUUUUGAACAACAAUUGUUUACGAGUUUUGCCUUAUGAACUUGGCCGGCUGUUCCAGUUGCAAACACUUGGCCUCAAAGGUAAUCCAUUGUCCCAGGAUAUACUCAACCUGUAUCAGGAGCCUGAUGGAACAAGGAAAUUAUUGAAUUACAUGCUUGACAAUCUUGCAGUCCACCCAGAACAACUCCCCCAAAGACCAUGGAUCACUUUGAGGGAGCGAGACCAAAUGAUGCCCACAGCUGUGUUCACAGUAAUGUGCUACAACGUACUGUGCGACAAGUAUGCAACAAGACAGUUGUACGGCUACUGUCCCUCAUGGGCCCUUAACUGGGAGUACAGGAAGAAAGGCAUCAUGGAGGAGAUCACUAACUGUGAUGCUGACAUCAUUAGCCUGCAGGAGGUGGAAACAGAGCAGUACUACACUUUCUUUCUGGAAACACUGAAAGAGCGUGGAUUUGAUGGCUUUUUCUGUCCAAAGUCUCGUGCCAAACUCAUGUCAGAACAGGAGCGGAAGCAUGUGGACGGCUGUGCUGUGUUCUUCAAGACUGAGAAAUUUACUCUGGUGCAGAAACACACAGUGGAGUUCAAUCAGGUUGCCAUGGCAAACUCAGAGGGCUCGGAGGUUAUGCUAAACAGAGUCAUGACCAAAGAUAACAUCGGAGUAGCUGUCCUGCUGGAGGUGAAGAAAGACUUGUUUGCUAGUGGAUCAAAGCAGCCUUCAGAGAAACCGCUCCUGCUGGUAGCUAAUGCCCACAUGCACUGGGAUCCAGAGUACUCAGAUGUGAAGCUCAUCCAGACCAUGAUGUUCCUGUCUGAGCUUAAGUGCAUUGCUGAGAGGGCAUUGGGCUCCAUCAACUCUGCAUCACCCACGUCAGACACCAGCACCAUCCCUACAGUCCUGUGCGCUGACCUCAACUCCCUCCCAGACUCUGCAGUACUGCCUGUGAAAGCAAGACGCUUACAGAGUGAGCCAGCACCAGCAUCCAUCCCAGCACUCUUCCAUCCACUCAUCCAUUCAUCUGUCCAUCUCUUCUCUUCACCAGAGAGACAUGAUGACUACUUAAUUGGCCGUGAUACAGUUAUAACAUUUUUAUAACCGUAAGUAAGUCAACUUCCCAAGAAAUUCCCAUAGAACAAACUAAACAUAUUUCUUCAUGGCAAAUGGUCUGAAUGGCCAGCUAUUUUAAUCCAGAUUGAUGAACAUGCAUUAUUUUUCAAUUAGUAAUAAAAGCAUGUGGAAAAUAUCAGUAGUCCCUCAUUGAAUAUGGAUAAUGGCACCAGGGUUUGAGGUCAGUUUUGAUAAGAAAUUUAAAUUAAUGAAGGACUUGCGUGAUUGUAAGAUGCUUUAAAGUAUUGUUUUGCUAAGAACCUUGAGAAAACCAUGAUUAGAAUAUCCAAAAAAAAGAGCAUUUUCCCAAUGAGAUGAUGACUUAAUCGCUGGAUUUUCUCAUUGACUUUGGGAGUUUUUUUCAUGCAGUUUCUCCUCAGCUGAGGAAUACACAUUUUAUAAAUCUUGUUUAGUCUCUGAACAUAUAUGGUGAUGAUAUGGGGGAAAAACUUUCUGUUUGCAAAUGAAAAUGGUGCUACAUGUGGCCCAUUUGUAAAACAAGAAAUUCUCAACAAAGUCUUGUCCUAGUCUCCCACCUUAAAGGCAAUAAAGAUGUCAUUUUAAAGGAAGAA